AAGUGCAUCCGGCUGUUUUAAUCAUUAACCAGCCGUCAGUGAACAGCUGGCUCGUCCUCGGUUUGUUUAUUUCACGCUGGAUCUGAUCUGAGCUGCGAGCUAACCAGGCUAAACAACAACAACACGCUGUCAGGAUGUUUUAGGCUGAUGCGGAGCAGCGUCCAUGUUCAUAUAACGUGUCACAGAUGAGACUGUAAACACUGUCAAUGUUUUAUUGCAGGCUCGACAUGGGGAAAGGUUGUAAAGUUGUGGUGUGUGGCCAGGCAGCAGUGGGAAAAACUGCCAUACUGGAGCAGCUGCUGUACGGAAACCACACUGUAGGAUCCGAGUCCAAUGAGACCCAGGAGGACGUGUACGUGGCCUCGGUGGAGACAGACCGGGGUGUGAAGGAGCAGCUGAGGCUGUAUGACACCAAAGGUCUCCACGAUGGACAGGACCUGCCCAAACACUACUACUCUGUGGCGGACGGCUUCGUGCUGGUGUACAGCGUGGACAGCUUGGAGUCCUUCAAGAGGGUGGACACACUGAAGAAGGAGAUCGACAAAUCCAGAGAUAAGAAAGAGGUGACGGUCGUGGUGCUGGGCAACAAGACGGACUUGCGCGAGCGUCGUCAGGUGGACCAGGAGGCGGCGCAGCAGUGGGCGCGAGGCGAGAAGGUGAAGCUGUGGGAGGUGAGCGUCACCGAACGCAACUCCCUCAUCGAACCCUUCACUCAGCUGACCAGCCGCCUCACGCAGCCCCAGAGCAAGUCCGCCUUCCCUCUGCCGGGGCGCAAGAGCAAAGGCACCCCGUCCAACGACAUCUGACAUCAUCUGCCCUCCCUGCAUUCGCCUCGCGUGGGAAUAACCAGCAGGACAGCGUGGACGGGCCCUUCAGCUUAGCAGCAUUACUUUGGUUACACCUGUGUAAAUAUACAGUGACGCUUUUAGAGUUCAACAUUUAGGGACGUAAACUUAUUUGCUGUCUUUCUAAGAGUGAGAUGAGAGGAGUGAUAUCAACCUGGAUGUUAAGCACAGAGCUGGGGUAAGGAUGUGCUUAGCCUGGAAGACUGGAAACAGGGGGAAGCAGCUAGUCUGAUGCCUAACAACACCUCUAAAGCUCAUUAAUUAACAUUUUGUGUCUCAUUUGUUUAAUCCGAACACAAACAGAAAUGUAAAAAACAUUUUUUGGAUUUUAGAGGUAGUUGCUGGAACUACGUCUUGACAUUUUCAAGCUGUAGUUGAGGUUGUUGUUCUCCACCUUUACACCCAAGGGACUGUUUACAGCUUCCCAAAGUCUUUACAGUGAAGUACAGAGACCAAAAUAUAAGCCUGUGCUAUAGCUACACAGAUGUGCUGGACAGAAACUGAUGUUCGUCCAACAUGCAACUCUACCUGAAAUUACAGAUUCUGUUCGUGUUUAGGUCAAAUUAAGUCGAAUCAUUGAGUUUUAAUGUGACAUGAUAUUGAGCUUCUCAUCUCACCUGCAGAAAGAAAACAAAAAAGCACAUUACCCAACGUCUCCAACGAGUAAAUCUCCACAACGAACCAAACAUUAAGUGUCAAACCACAAAACCAAAUCCACGUCUGUAACAUCUCUGCUCUGUACAGUGUGUUCAACACUUAUAUGCGCCGCAGUCAAUCCUUUUUUUUCUCUUCUUCUUCAGUCCAUCUUAACAUGGGCAAGCACUUUAGCACCAAAGAUUAGACGCAACCCAAACACAGAUGUCGUUCAUACACACACAUUUGAACUGGAGUAACGUACGUUCACGGUACUUUUUUUAAAUUAAAAAUACGUGUCAUCAUUUCAAGUUAAAGGAUAAGUUCAAGACGUACAAGUCUGUCUUAUGUUGAUCCAAUACUCAUGAGUUAUUUGUUGAUAUAAUCCUAAUCUGAAAGAGGAACUCUUAAUCUGUCUAAAUCAGACUGUUGAAGCCUGUUAUUAGCUUUAAAAACUGGAUUUGUGCUAGAAAUAAACGGUCAUAGCAACCUGUAACUCACAGAGGCAUGUGAUCGUUGUACUAAGACAGACUUGAGAAAUCUGUAACUGUCCCGUACGCUCUGUAGGACAGUGUUUUCAAACAGGAAUCUUGCACCUAUAAUGUUAUUUCCUAUGUGAUGUGAAUGAAUCCUUGUCCUCCAGCAGGACUCAGCCAGUCCAGUCCAUCUCAUAUAUAUAUAUUCAAAUAUGGCCUGGCAGCAAUAAUAUUCCUGGUACUGCCUUUACUUGUGACUCCAUAAUGUCUUGUCUGGCGUUAGUUGCACUCCUGUCGUCCAGCCUGUAUAAUCCAAUAGGGCUACUUAGUUAAAAGCUGUGUGUGUGUGUGUUAGGCCUUUCUAACAGUAGAAAUGUCCAGUGUUGAGAGGAAAUAUUUAUUUUUUAACUAAUUUAUUUUUGUCACUUUAAUGAGCCACAUUCCUUGACUUUUAGACAGCGGUGAAACAAUGUGAAGGAUGAUCCUGCGCCGUGUUUUCUGUGUCCUUUAAUGUUUCAAAGUAAUAACAUUUAAUGUGCUGCUAGUAAAACAGAGGUGGUGAGACUCUGUAAUCAUGCUCUCUCCCUAAAUUAUUCUCUGCUCUGUAACUCUGUCUUAAGAUGCACUGAAUAAAAUGUAGCCUCUUCAUA